UUCCUUCCCUCUCUCUUCUUCUCAUCUUCUACAGUCUCAAAUUUCCCAACUUUCGAGUUUCGACAACGUCAUGCCCAAUAACUCCAACCCUCCUUCUUCUUCGUCUGUGAUUUCAUCUCUUGGGCAUCAUCAUGAUGAAAUGCCUGACCGCAAAUCCAUAUGGGUUCUUGUUUCAAUCAACAAGUACAUUCUUGAAGCCAUAGAGAAUGCAAGGAAUGGCCUUAAACUGAGAUGCAGCUCCAGAUUGAGGAUUCAAAAGCAAGAGUUCUUUGAAUUCUCAGAGCAGCAAGUCCUGUCAAAUCUGUACUGGGGUAUUGACGCCAUUGAAGCUGCAAUUCAGACUCAAGAGCCUGAAGAAAGGUCCUUUCGGCUUAGUAAUACAGAACAGAUGCUUCAGGUCCCAGUCAUGCUUGAUGAAGAAGGGGUUACAGCCUCAAUUCCAAAUCGUGACUUGGUGUGUUGCUCAUACUUUUGCCUCUCAGUGGUUCAGAAACUUCAAGGAGAUGAGUGGCAAGCAGCCCUGCAUUUUUUGCAAGCAGUACUGGUUUCUCCGAAGCUUGUUUGUACAGAAUUUGCACCAAAGCUUUGCGAGACCCUUUUCCCUCUGGAAGGAGGUGUCAGUACGAGCAUGCAAUCUGAUUCUACAAAGAGUACCGAAGAGGAGAUCAAUACAGCCAUAAGGGAGAUGGCAAGGAAAUACAAGGAAUGUUUGAUGUAUUAUCGGGUCAUGUUUUAUGCGGAGACUCCAUGGUGGCGCAGGAUUGAGCCAAAUAUCAGCUGCGUAUCUUCUAAUUCAGUUCAAGAUGCGUCUGGACUGCAACGUUGCAAUAUGUAUGAUAAGGUGCAUCCACUUGAUAUUCAAGAAGAUGUUACAACUGUUAUGACCGACAAGGUAAAUGGAUUAAUGGAUAUUGCUAGAAGUAAAGAUCAUUGGAAAGCCUUAUAUCAGCUUCACAGGAAAAAACAUAAAAGAAUUUCAAGCAUUGAGUGCUUCAAGGAUAUGUUGUUAGAAGCCCGGUCUAGCAUCCCAACUUCUAUAGAUUCUUGCCAUGAGGACUUAAGAGACAAAAGGGACUUGGUAAAUUUUGAUGACAGUAAAUAUCACAUCAGAACUAGCAUAACAAACGAAGAUGAACCACCGGCAGAAACAUCUGACUGGAAGCUAUAUCAAUGCUCCGGUUGGCAACAAGAACCUCAAAAUCCAUUGCAUGAACGGUUAGAUCAAAGAAAGAUGGUUAGCGUUGACUCAAGAAGAUUCUCCACUUCCAUGAAAGGCAUUGCUUCAACCAUCUCAAAGUACAUAGAUGGAGAAAGCAAUUAUAAUAUUGAUGAUGAACUUAUUGAAGAAGCUUUGCAGAUCCAAAAAUCACAUCUCUCUGAUCCAAUAGCAUUUAUGUCUGCCCACAAACGCUGGAUCAACCAAAGAAAUUAUGCAGAAAGUUCUGAAGGAAAAUUGUUAAGAUCAUUAGACCUAGGAAGCUUGAUGGAAGUAAGUUCACACUCCAGAAGAUACUUCAUCAGUGAACUAUCAGGACCAACUGAAAUGAAAAGUUCAGUUUUACAUCAUUCAGAAGCAUUAGGAAAUUGCGUUGAAGACUAUACAGCAGAUAUUGCAUCUUUUUAUGAGUGUUUGUCUAAUUCAUCAUGUAGCACGUAUGGUUUCUUAAAGGAUGUAAUUUUGGAUGAAUUGCUAUUUGCCAUCUCUACCUCUAAAGAGGAAAGGGAAAUAAGGGCGUCAGUUUCUAUGCUGACAACUAUUAUUUCAAGGAACAAGUCAAUCAUAGAAGACAUCAAGAAGAAAGGUUUGAAGUUGUAUGAUCUGGCAAGUGCUCUAAAACAAAAUGUCCAUGAGGCUGCAAUUCUCAUAUAUUUGAUAAAUCCAUCUCCUAUAGAUAUUAAAACACUGGAACUUUUACCAACUCUAAUGGAGAUUGUAUGCAGUUCCCGUAGUUACAAGGGUAAGCCAGAGUCACUUCUGCUAACACCUCAUGCAGCAUCCCUGAUGAUCAUUGAAGAACUAGUAACUUCAUUUGAUUAUGCCACAAAUAACAUGCAUCUGGCUGCUAUCAGUUCUCCCCAUGUUCUCAGUGGACUCCUUGAAGUUGCAAGAAACGAUAAUCUGAAAGAGGUUUUCUCUUUGAUCAUCAUUCUUAUAAAAUGCAUGCAGUUUGAUUCACAGUGCAGAGAGUACAUAUCACAAUUCACUCCUCUUGCCCCUUUUAUUCAACUCCUGAAGACAGACAGCAACCGUGCCAAACACAUGGCACUCGAAUUUCUUCACGAAAUCCUCUGCAUACCUCGGUCUUCAGCUAUUAGUCUGUUGCAGCGGAUGCAAAAAGAAGGAGGUGCCAAUGUUAUUCAGAUACUGAUGCUGUGUCUCCAUCAAUUACAAUCUGAUCACCAACUCUUAGCUGCUAACAUAUUGCUUCAGUUAGAUGCAUUGAACUCUACCAGCAAAAGUGAGUUCGGAGAGGAAGUAGUGCAGGUGCUGCUCAGGGGAUUGGCCUCUCAAGAAAGCUCAGAGCAGAUAUUAUCUGCAUCAAUUCUAUCAAAUCUUGCUGGAACAUAUGGUUGGAACGGGGAAUCAUAUACAGCAGCAUGGUUGCUAAAAAAGACUGGUUUGACCUCUCCAUAUCCCCAGAAUAUGAUAAGAAACUUCAACCGGUUGGAUCAAAGCCUGCAGGAUACAAGCACAAAUUUAUGGUGUAGUAAGAUUGCCAAGUAUAUCAUAAGCAUUGGAGAUUCAAUCUUCCAUGCUUUGGAGAAAGGGCUAAAAAGCAAAAUAAAAAGACUUUCAAGAGACUGCCUUGUGACAAUUGCAUGGCUUGGAUGUCAGAUAUCAAAAAGCCCAGACAGCGUAAGAUAUUCUGCAUGCGAGAUCUUGCUAAGUGAAAUUGAGCAAUUUUUACAUCCGGGGAUGGAGCUGGAAGAUAGACUUUUAGCAUGUCUGUGCAUCUACAACUAUACCUCUGGCAAAGGAAUGCAAAAACUAAUUCAUUUCUCAGAAGGCGUGAAGGAAUCAUUACGACGCCUUUCAAAUAUAACCUGGAUGGCUGAGGAAUUGCAUAGAGUAGCUGAUUACUUGCUGCCAAACAUAUCACGUAUUUCUUGUGUCCACACACAAAUCCUUGAGGUUGGCCACAACUUUAGUGCAGCUGUUUGCUCCCUCAUAUUUUACAAAGGACUGCUUUUCAGUGGAUAUUCUGAUGGAUCAAUCAAGGUUUGGGAUAUCAGGGGGCAAUCGGCCACUCUUGUAUGGGACAUUAAGGAGCACAAGAAGUCAGUCACAUGCUUUUCGCUUCUUGAACCAUCAGACAGCCUCUUAAGUGGAUCUGCUGAUAAAACCUUAAGGGUCUGGAAAAUGAUCGAGAGGAAGUUGCAAUGUACUGAAGUCAUAGUCUUCAAGGAACCAAUUCAUCAUUUACAUGCACAUGGACAAAUGAUUUUUGCGAUCACUCAGGGCCAGGGAAUCAAGUUAGUGAGCGAAUCAAGAGAAGUAAAAAGUACUUUUAAGGGUAAGCAUGUAAAGUGCAUGGCAGUGACUCAAGGAAGGAUUUAUGCUGGGUGCGCAGAUUCAAGCUUACAGGAGUAUUCCACAGCAUACAAUCGGGAACUAGAAAUCAAAGCACCUACAAAGAGUUGGAGGAAACAAAACAAACCCAUUCAUUCAGUUGUUGCAUAUAGAGAUUGGCUUUAUACUGCAAGUAGGCAUGUCGAAGGCUCAACAUUCCAGGAAUGGAAGAGAAAGGGGAAGCCUCAAAUUUCCAUUCUUACUGGCAGAGGAGAUAGUGUCAUUGCCAUGGAAGUAGUGGAAGACUUCAUAUAUGUAGUCACCAGCUCAUUAGCAAAUAACAUUCAGAUAUGGUUGAGAAGUUCCCAGAAGAAAGUAGGAAGAAUAUCAGCAGGAAGCAAGAUAACAAGUCUCCUCUCUGCCAAUGACAUUAUUCUUUGUGGUACUGAGAUGGGACUAAUCAAGGGGUGGAUCCCUCUGUAGGGAGAGCUUCAAUUUACUGUCACUGCAUGUUCAUCAUUCAAACUUAAACUCUUGGCAAAUACUACAGCAAAAGACAGACGGCAAGCACAGGGCACAUAAGGAAUUGUUAUUAUAUAUCUGUAAUUAAUUUAGAGUGAAAACUAUAGUGAACAGAAGAGUAUCUUUUUGUACAGGAAAUGGUAAAUGCUGUAAUUAGUAGUAAAUAUUUGUAUUCCUUUCUGCUUACACUUCUCACUUACAGUCUUAGAAUCAGCUUUAAGAUGCUGAAUCACGCAGAGCUGUAUGUAUGUGGAUUCAGCAUUUAUUGAACCAAACUGUCUUGUAAAGAAGAAACCAAUUGCUCGGAAAGACUAUGCCAGCGACUGUUAGAAUGAAUAAAUGGAUUAAAUUUGUCUA